UCUAUUUUACGUCAUAAAGCAAAGUGUUUUUUGUGUUUGCGCUCUGGACAUGUGUUACGAAAUUGUCCUAAUCGUGACUAUAAAUGCUUUAACUGCGGAGAAAGACACAAUAAAGCCAUUUGUACUUAUAGGCCUGAACAAAAUUUAAGGCGGCCUAGUUAUGUUAAUAAAACUGAAACCGGACAACCGAGUCAAACUGUGACAUCUAACAUGACGUGUACAGAUGAUCAAAAUUCUAUUUUGUUACAAACUGCUGUAGGUUUUGUAUGUGCUAAUCAUAAUGAUAAUUCUAGGGGAUUGUAUAAGAACAUUGUAUUUGAUUUGUGUAGUCAAAGAACAUAUGUUACUGAUGAAACACGUAGAUUGUUAAAUUUAAGAACUGUGGGGCGUGAAAAUUUACUUAUUAAAACUUUUGGGGAGGAAACUCCUAAGUUACGAUUAUGUGAUAUUGUUCAAUUUACUGUUGCAGGUGAUGAUGGUUUACAUUUGUAUGUUACAGCGCAUUGUGUACCUUCUAUAUGCAAUGCCAUAAGCGACCAAUUAACAUGUAAUGCUUUAGUAAAGUACCCUCAUCUACGGGGUUUGAAAUUAGCUAAUCCAUCUGGGCCUUCUGAUUUUGCAGUAGAUAUAUUAAUCGGGGCAGAUUUCUAUUGGAAUUUCUUUUGUGGCGAAACGAGACGGGGGGAGUUCCCUGGCCCGGUUGCAAUGUUGACGAAACUUGGGUGGGUGCUGUCUGGCCCUGUAAUUAAUAAUUCGAGUAGUGACCAAUGUACUAUUAAUUUAAGUCAUACGCAUGUAUUGCACGUUAGUUCUGUAUCUGAUGACAAUUGUGAUGUAUCUUCAAUUAAGUCUGAGUUGAAUAAGUUUUGGGAGCUUGAAUCUUUGGGUAUUCGUAAUGACGAAUCUAGUGUUUUGUCAGAUUUUAAUGAUAAUAUCACAUUUGAGGGUAAAAGGUAUGAAGUGAAGUUACCAUUUAAAGAAAAUCAUCUUAAAAUAUCUGAUAAUUAUUCUACGUGUGUUAAACGCUUAUCAUCUCUUUUGUAUCGACUUAAUAGUAAGCCGGAUGUUCUUAAAGAAUAUGAUAGAAUAAUUAAUGAACAAUUAUCUGAAGGUAAAUCUUAUGGAGUUCCGUUAGCGCCUCCUUUACCAGAAUUUCGACUUUCUGACGAUUUCGCUUUUACAAAUAUUGGAGUGGACUAUGCUGGACCAUUAUACGUUAAAGACAUUUAUUCUAAGAGUGGAGAGAUGAACAAGGUGUUCAUAGUGUUGUAUACUUGUGCGAGUAGUCGCGCGGUUCAUUUAGAUUUAGCAACGGACGCUAGUUCUUCCUCUUUUAUUAGGAGUUUUCGACGUUUUAUUGGAAGGCGUGGAGUACCAACUUUAGUGAAUUCAGACAAUGGAUUGGUUUUCAAGAGUGCUGAACUUCGAGCCUUUACAAAUAGUAGGAACAUUAAAUGGUGUUAUAAUAUUGAACGAUCCCCAUGGUGGGGCGGAUUUUUUGAGCGUAUGGUGCGUUCAACUAAACGAUGCCUGAAAAAAGCUUUAGGUAAUGCUCAUUUGUCGUAUGAGGAGCUACUGACUUUAUUAGUGGACAUUGAAGGCGUUUUAAACUCGCGUCCUCUUACAUAUCUUAGCGAUGAUUGUAUAGAACCCCUAACCCCUUCGCAUUUAGUAUUGGGGAGAAGGAUAUUGUCUGAACCGCUGUUUACUCCAAAUCCUAAAGUAGUUGGUAAUACCUCUUCAGAAUUCUGCAAGCGCAAGAAAUACUUGCAGACUGUUAUAAAUCAUUAUUGGUCAAGAUGGCGGAAUGACUAUGUUACUCAAUUACGCGAGCAUCAUCGUUCCAGAGUUAAAACAGGUCCUAUCAUACGUGAGGGUGAUAUUGUGCUAGUAUUUGAUGAUAAAGUAUCGCGCUUAAAUUGGGAAAUGGGUAGAGUUGAUAGAAUUUUACCAGGUCGUGAUAAUAACGUGCGAUCCGCUGUUGUAAGAGUUCAGAACAAACAGGGCAAAAUAAUAUUUAUGAAUCGACCUAUACAGAAAUUGUAUCCAAUAGAGUUGGUUAGAGAUUAGUAGAGAAUGUAUCUUAUUAUUGAUAAGUAUUGGAGUACACAGUUAGAAAUCAGUGUUAUAU